UACAGUGCAGCCAGGACUUUUUCUAUUUUGUGUUUUCUAUCUGAAAUGUAUUUGAGGAAUUGUGAAUUUUGUAAUUCAGGGACACCGUAUGUGGAGGAUUUCUGGCUCCUCUUGUUUGUGGCCAAUCAGAGAGGAGCUUGAGGCUUAAUGUUCGCUCCAGCUCAGGCUUUGGAGAGAUAAGUCUUUGAUUACCCCCCAACUUGAGUAAACUACCUAUUGUAAUGAGGCCUUUGCGCACCCACAGCUACACGUCAGCUUCAGCCUGAGGUGUCCGGACAAGUCACAUUUAAAUGCCUGUGCAGAGUGUUUGUUAUAAAUGUGGCAGCAGCAUGAACGUGCUGUCAUUGUCAGUUUAAAUAUUAACCUGCAGGACAAGAGUCAAGUUCCCCUGGCAGCAGCUGGACUGUCCCUCUCAUUCAGAGCAGAAAAUCGGAUGUCAAUAUGAGCAACUUCGGAGAGAUUCUGAAGGAGAUCGGGGAGUUUGGUUGGUUUCAGAAACGUUUGGUGGCUGCAUUAUGCUUCCCCAGCAUGUUUGUAGCCUUUGACGUGAUUGGUCAGGUGUUUACAGGGAUGAGCUUCCCACAUCACUGCAACACUGACUGGAUCUUGGAACGUGGGCCCAACCUGACAGGUGAGAGGCAAAGAAAUCUCACCCUGCCCGUGAACAAGGAUGGAAAGUUUGAAAGCUGUAAAAUGUUCACACCUGUGGAUUUGGAUCUGGAAACCAUUGAGGCGUAUGGGAUUAACACAACAACUGGAUGCAUAAAUGGAUCAGAUUUUGAGGCACCCAAAGGUGCUUCCAGUAUUUUAACACAGUUUGACCUGGUGUGUGACAGAAGCAGUCUGAUUGAAGCAUCUCAGUCCAUCUACAUGGCCGGUCUUCUGGUUGGAGCGAUGGUGUUGGGGCCGAUGGCUGACAGGCUCGGUCGUCGCUUUGUGGUGCUGCUCUCACUCAUCCUCAUGCUGGUGUUUGGGGUCAGCUCUGCUUUCUCACCCAACAUCUAUGUUUACAUCGCUCUCAAAUUUUCAAGCGGGAUCUCCGUGUCAGGCAUUAUUGCGAAUGCAUUUGUGAUAGGUGGAGAGUGGAGUGACUCCUCCAAAUUUGCCCUCUGCACCAUUAUCUGCCACUCCUUCUUCCCUCUUGGACUGAUGGUUUUGUCUGGUGUCGCCUAUGUCAUCCAAGACUGGAGGAUCCUGCAGCUGGUGCUCUUCAGUCCACUUGUUCUUCUCAUCGGAAGCUUCUACUGGAUUCUUCCAGAGUCAGCUCGCUGGCUCAUCACCCAGGGCAAAAAGGAUGUGGCCAUAAAGGAGAUCCGGAGGGCGGCUAAAGUGAACGGGAGGAAGGUCCCUGAAGAACUGCUCGACAAGCUGGAGGUGGAGGGAACAUCCAAAAGGGGAACCAUGCUGGACAUCUUCAGGAUAUCGUAUCUGAGGAAACGUGCUCUCAUAAUGAGCUACAUCUGGUUUGGAACAAGUCUGAUGUACUACGGACUGAGCCUGAAUGUUGGCAACUUCGGUCUGGAUAUCUACCUCACACAGUUCAUCUUUGGUGUUGUAGAAGUACCUGCACGUCUGGGCUGUUUGCCUCUUCUUCAAAUCUUUGGGAGGAAAAUAUGUCAAGCAGUGGUCCUGCUGUUCGGAGGCUGUGCUUGUCUUGUGAUUCUUGCUGUUCCAAAAGACCUUCCUGUCGUGGUUACAGUCAUAGCUGUAGUGGGAAAAUUUGCUGCCACUGCCAGUUUCUCCACAGUCUAUGUUUACACUGCAGAGCUGUAUCCUACCACUCUAAGGCAGAAUGGUGUAGGUCUAAACUCCACGAUGGCUCGUGUGGCGGGCAUCCUCGCUCCUCUAAUCAGGCUCCUGGACGUCUACCAUUACGCCAUCCCCAUGAUCAUAUAUGGCGUCGUCCCCAUUGCUGCUGGGGGUUUGUGUUUGCUGUUGCCUGAGACCCGCAAUGUUGAACUCCAGGACCACGCUGAACCCACGAAUCCAGACGACAAGGAUGCUGAGAUGGUGUCCUCCAAUAAUUCAGGGAGGAGCACAAAAAUGUAAUUCAUAAUGUUUUAAAGAAGAAGAAUGCAUUUACAUGAAUCCAAGCCUGCAAAACACUGCCUGAAUUUUUGUUAGAAAAUAGUUUCACCGCGACAGAAGUAAUAAACUUUGAGAACUGGGUUUUUUUUUUUUUACAGUUUAUUAAAUUAUGUAUAUGUAUAUUUGGACUUUUUAUGGAAUGUAUUUCCUCUCUAUGUAUUUAAGAUGCUGCAAGUCAGCUGUACUGCAUGAAGGAAGAUGUGACUAAGCAGGCAUUUUCACUUUUAGCUGUUUGACCUGCAAAUUUGCACAACUGUAAUGUUGCUGGCACAGGUAAAGUUAGCGACUAGCUAGAAAACAAAGUCGCGGAAAAAGCAAGAUAUUUGUCUUGAGUAUUGAUUGAUUGGAUGUACGUGUAUUCACAUGUAAGGUGCGUAUUGAUUCCGCCAUGGGGUUUUGCUCCAUGUGGCAAAAAAAAUAACACUAAAAGAAAGAUUAAAGAUUGUUGCCGUUAUAAAAUA